UGCAGAUUUUAGGUGGCUUUCGAUGACGAGCUGCGGAACUUUCACUGUGGCAGUAUUAUGUACCUGAACACUUGUCGGAUGACGCGUACCGUAAUGAGAUGCAGUAGUGACAGCAAAGACUUGGUCUCGUUAAAACGCGUCGGGUUCGGCGUGGCGAUUUUCCCUCAAGGUCAUUUCACGAUUUGAUGCGUAGCAUCUGCACAUUUCCUGAAUGCGUCCCCGCCAUUAUAUUUUCUUGCUUCCUUUGAUACUCUGUAGAGAUUAAAUAGAAUAUUCACUGAGGUGCAUGUUGCUUUAUCGGCCUCAAUGCCUGUGAAGAGUCACUCGUGCUUCUCUGCUUGUGAGUUCGCCGCGACCUGACUGGCGCUGUUGUUAACGCUAGGACGCGCGCUGAACAAGUUACUUGCUCGCGAGCACGCUCACGAUUACCUUGUUUAUUGUCAAACGGGAACUGUCUCCUUCCAACCGGUCCAUUUGUCUUGUCAUCGUUCCAGGUCACCUCUCGUCACGCUGCGGAGUUCCUGCCCUCCUCGAUGUGACCGUGAACGCGCGCAGGCUUCGUAGGAGCCCAUGCGGCGACCAAAGGUUGCACGCCUGCGCUGCACGCCAGUGGCAUUUCCCCCUUAUUACCGCCUGUUGUUUCAUUUUUGCAGAUCUCUUCAGUUUGCUCUGUUGGUUAGUCUUGCAACUGCGGGUGAUGUCCUGAGAUUUCCUCAUGCCUGUGGUUCCGCGUCCCCGCGGUACUGCACGAUAACAACCCUAGUCACUGCCUUUCGUGUGACCGGGUGCCUGCCCCUGUUUUUGCCUGUUAUCCAAGAUGAAUUUCCUGAGUUAUAAAGUAUCGUCUUCCAAGCAAGGGUUACCAGCUCCUGCCUGCUCUGGGUACAUUGGUGACAGCCCGCCAGAUGUGACAGCUAGCUGCGCAGAAUCUCCCUUCCUCUAUAGGCGACCAUCAUCACCCGCUCAACGACAUUUCCAGCCCCUAAGUUCUCUCUCUCCAUUAUCGAAACCUGUUUCAGCAAACCACGUCAUAGAUAACGUGGAAUCUCCAUCAACAGACUCUGCCAGUGAGUCCUGGAGUCAUGGGUUGCCGGCGAGUGCAUCACCGGCUCCACUCGAACAGUACGUUGCGAAUCCAGAGGGAUGCGCUGCUCUUGACCCCGGACAUACAAAAAUUCGUCCAACGACACCGGCACGAAAUAGCAACUACAAUGGAGGCAACAAUGAUUCUGUGGCUGUUGUUGAGUCCGUCGCCUUCCCCCACUUUGUCACUCGGAGGAUGACGCCUACGACACUUUACAGCUCUCAACGUAGCGAAGAUGUAGUUGCUCCGCAGCACAUUUCGCUAAGGUAUCCGUCGUCUCCUCUCAGACAAUCUCACUCAAUCCAAACACGUGUUCCUGAAAACGGAUCAAACAAGCCAGAGAAUCACGACACGGUAUGCCACUCCUUACCUCGACAUGACGGCGGUGCACCGUCGCCUGGCUCUCAGCUCGCACAGUCGGGCGGUUUAUCACAUAAGAAUUGGCUUCAGGGUCUCUGGUCUUUUCCAGGGGGCGCCUGGGCUGCUCAGGCGGGGGCCUCUGCUUUCGGCGUGCAUACUCCCCAAACAUCUGGGUCUGUGCUUCGGCAGCAAAGACUGGGAGGGACUCGAGUGAGGCAGACGAAUCAGCUUGGCGCCAGCUCUUACGCUUCCGUGGAUUGCAAUGGAAACCGAUAUCCAGCAACCUUGAUGCAAGCCCAUCCAGAAACCGUCAGCGCUGAAUCACAUGUAGCGCAGCUACAGACGCAAUCACCCAGUGCUUUUGGUGUAACCGGGGUUGGCACACAGGCAUCUCCAAUGGUGACAGCGACACAACUGCGGUCGGUGACGCCGAUGCUGACAAAACCUGAACUACGUCGGGGACCGAUGAACCAGCAGGGGAGUAAUUUGCACCAGCCUGUGGUACCAACGCAGCAACCGCAAGUAUUGAACCAUCGCGGGGAAAUUCUAGCGUCGUCUGACCGACCUUGCCCGUCUACGCCUUGGCACGGUCCGACGGAGGUCUUGCCAGCAAUCGCUGCAUGCACCACAUCCGGAAACAGAAGGAUGCAUGGAAGUGCCAUUCAUCUGUCCCGUGCCGAAAGCGCUAACCCGUCUGUUGCAAGCAGAAUAAUGAGUAUUGGCGUGAGCGCCGGGCGAUCAUCGAGUGCUACACCAGUUCGCACACAGGGUAUUACUCCGGAACAGGGUCUUCAAACCCUAUGUCACUCACAAAGCCACACUGUGCUUCAAGAGCGACCACCAAGCACCAAGACUCCGAACAGUUGUUUUGAUGCAGGCGGCGUUAAUGUAACACGCGUCGACAGCAGCUUCCGGGUGGCUGUCCCGGGACAGAGCGGUAAUCUAUUACAACUGCACCAGCAGCUGAUGUCAGGGCAUCCGCUUGUGAUAUCGUGUAUUGGAUCACUGGGUUUGAGCUCGAACGGAGACAGUUUUCACAGGAAUCGCGAAGGGAAUACAUUGACAUAUCGACGGCCGAAUUCUACCCCGCCAUCCGUGUCACGAUGUCAUCUGCGAGGCUCCUCGUUUACGUCGAGAACUGAAGGGCAAUCCUUACGACUGCCAAUUUCGGGUGUCGGAUCGGCCACGCCACAUGGUGGCACAGACGCAGGUGGUCGGCCUGGUCCUUGCACGUCACCGGAAGAUGGAAAAACUUUCAAUGUUACUAGCAUCAGGCGAAGUGAUUCGCACGGUGGGUGGAGGAAGGUGAUAACACCUGUAGAAUCCUCAAGUAUCGGCCUUACAAAGCAGGUGCAAGCUGAGGCGUCUUUUAGUGGGAACAGCGAAGCUACGGCAACAGGCUCCCCGGUAUUCUCUUCCCAAAAGUCCUCCUUCGCUUCGUCGGUACCUGUACCCUUCGGAACAAAUGCAUCAGCUCCGGACUCUACCAAGGCUUCUGUUGGGCGGUCUGAUGAGACUCACGUUCAGAGGCAAACCGGGAUGAGCGCUGGUGCCGUGAGAUGCGCCUCUGGGGUCGUGACACACACCCGUUCAGUACCUGGCAUAAGGCGGUCACCAGGAUGUGGUGAACCGGUGGCGCCUUCGCCAUCUCCACAAUCUGAUCUCUGUUCGCCCGGGGAAUCGUCAGGGGCAAAUCAGCCGUCGCAGACUCAGGCGGCAGUCGUCGCUUCGUCUGCUGUUAGCAGCGGUAAUUCCUCUGCUCGGCAGCAGCGAAUGAGCGUGCAGUUGAGCGAAGGCCUUGCGGGCGUUGCCGCAGGGUCGGCCUGCGCGUCAGCGUGUUCGUCGACACGAGGAAGCCAAUCACGUGUCCCACUCAGCACCAAUAGGCCUGGUUGUUUGGAAGCAGCUGAUUUUCUUCAGGACAAGACCCCAAAAGUACCAUCUACCCCAAGGCUGAGUUCGCUUGAUGCCGCAUCGGCGACCCAAGCGCUGUUAGUGAAUACGCGGGCUGGAGCUGGAGAAGUGGAAGCUGGGUCAUCGAGCAUGGGGAAUGGGCAUGACGGAGUGCGGUAUGAUCCUACAAAUGAAAGACUCGAAGGAGGUUCGGUCCCCUCAGGGCCGUCACAAAACGCGUUGCGCAACGUAUGGUCGCAGAAAAAGGACGAAGCUCCUAUUGUGAGCCAAUUGUCGUCCGACGAUCAAACUGGAGGUGCUAGUGGCAGUUGUUGCUCGUCUCUCCACAGAAGCGAGAGCGUGCAGAACGAACGUGACGCGCAAUUAUCCAGCUUGAAGGAGAGACUCAAGAUCACUGCUCAAGGCGGGAAAACUGUCACAUCAUCGGUGAAGGGCACUCUCUCUGUUGGGUGCUCCUCGAUGGCUCAGCCACUUGGAGGCACUGCUGCCCAAAGCAAGAGGGUGAAAACCACAGACGUAGUCGAGAAUUCCGCCAAAAUCACAGACAACGCGUUAACAGAAACGACGCCUUGCGGACAUCACACUCCAGAGAAGCAGGAUUCACCAACAAACAGAAGGAACGCAAAUGGAGAGAAGGAUGCGGCAGGAUUGAAGCCAAGAACAAGGGAGGCUGCUGAGGGGCAACUCAGACAGAUACAUACUGAGGGUGAUGCUGCGAACCUGACAGAAAACGUUGCAUUUCCACCAGACGCUGGAGGAGAGGGAUUAUCGUCAAUCAGCUGUACCGACGCACAUCAUGACGUUAUUCCUCUUAGAACGUUUCUGUGGAACCAGGAUGAGUUGCCCAGCAAAAUCAUAUCGUCCAAGGGAGGAACUCAUCGGCAUCAAGAGGAAGACCCAGAGGACGCUUUAGUUAAUUGUCAGCUGGAUGAUUUCGAAUUAGCUGAUUUUCGUUCGGGCGGCGAUGCUAGUCUCCUCGGGAGAGGGACUUACGGUGUCGUACGGAAGCUCAGACAGAAAGCCACAGGGAAAGUGUAUGCGGUAAAGUCAAUCGAAAAGGACAGCGUCGUUCGCGCAGGGAUGGUCAGUCAGGUUGAGUUUGAGUUGCUCGUUCAAAAGGAUCUUCUACGACACCGAAACGUCCUGCGAUGCUUCGCUUGCAUGGAGGACCCCGAGCAAGUGCACCUUGUUCUGGAGUAUUGUAGCCAGGGAGACUUGUACACGAAAAUUCGUUCCCAGCCCCAACGGCGUUUAACCGAGCGCGAAGCGUUCGUAUACUUCUCUCAGCUUGUUAAUGGACUUCACUACCUUCACAGCAAGGGGGUUACCCACCGUGAUUUGAAAUUGGAAAAUUUACUUUUGGAUGGAAAGAAUGUACUGAAAAUCGCUGAUUUGGGCUGGUGUGGUUCGGUCCUAGGGAAAAGCAAGAAUUUCAACUUCUGCGGUACUCUUGAUUACUUAGCACCCGAGAUGAUCAAGGGUGUUGGUCACGAUUGGAGGGUUGACAUCUGGGGCGCAGGCAUUUUGCUUUACGAAAUGCUAGAUGGCAAGCCACCAUUUCAAUCAACACGCCACUUUGAGCUAAUUCAGCAGGCUUUGAAAGCGGAAGUCGCGAUCCCAUCGCACAUUGCUCCCGACGCCGGAGAUCUUAUAGUGCAAUUACUUCGUUACGAUCCAGAGGACCGUAUACCGCUACAUGCCUUACCCCAGCAUCCUUGGGUGAAGCGGAUGUGGUCUGAGCUCCGUAAUGAGUACUACGCUAAGUAUCCCGACGCGGAACAACAGCGUAGUUGUGCGUCAUGCAUGCAAAGUGAUGUCGACCUUCACUCGGAGAAGUCAAGAUCAACAAUGGCCUCACGCGGCUGUCCACCUGUGGACCCAACAAAUAAGACUUCAAUUUUAGCAGCCCUCCCCGUAGCGGUUACCAGAGCAUCUGGACGCCUGCAGAGCCCGGCGCCUUCACAAUGGAUCGCGGUUAGAGGUUCCGGCAACAUGAAUGGACCACCAAGGAACGAUGCAGAAUGUGUAAAGGCGCCAUCGGAAACGGCUUCUACUGCGUGGUUUGACAGCUCUCGUGACUGUCAUGAAGGAGCCAUUGGUGCGUCUGCUUCGGUCGGUACGAAGGGCAGCGGUCCAAGUGUUCGAUCGGACACUACCAUUGUGCCAGAAAGUCCUCUGUCAGAAGAUCGGUUGCGACAAUCGGAGCAUCAACCUGAGGCAGGUAUUUUGCCUGAACAGACCGCUCUACGACACGCUUUUCAGAACGCCCCUGAUGACACCAAUACCCUUGAAAGCGAGCGUGAGAAAUUCGAUUUGUCAGAUGGUCAUCUCAGACGUGGCAGCACCAGGGCGUCGUCCGUCGGCUCGCGUGGAGCUGAACGGUCCAAGCCAGAAAUAGGCGUGGAUCACAUUACAAAACACUCCACACACGGACCGAGUACCGGCAUUCGCAUGUCACCUCCAGAAGAGAUGCUUGAGAAAACAGGCCAUGUAGAAAACAAGCACGGGUCCUUACAACAGAGAGACCAGUCCACGUCCGACGAUCUCGCGGAUUUACAUUCAGAUCCAUCAGAAACGCUGCCUACAGAUCCGCACACUGAUGGAAGUGUUUCCGGUGAAAGAGUGGGUCAGCGGAGCCAGAGAAGAAGUUCAUCUUUCGUUACCUGGCAGAUUCGGUCGUCCAGAGGUUCUCACUCACACAGUUCCCGUGGUAAUACCGAUACGACACAGCAGCCUCAUGAUCUUCACGAUGAUGCGGCAGCGAAUCUGCCCUCUAAAAAGAAGAAGGCUUUCCCGUCGAGAGUCUCGAAAGACUCUCCAGGCACUCUUCUUGGCAGUAUGACUGGCACAAGACUGUCGCGGUCCAUCAUUCCGUCCUCAAGCGCUGAUCAGCGUCGAGGGGGCUCCAGACGGUCUAUAUCUCAAACUACAAAGGCGCGAGACACGCUAGCACGCCUUAAGGAAGGAACGGAUGCUGCUCGUGCUGCAUUACGUGCAGCGCUGAUCAGCAGAAUUGUGGAUAUGAAAAGGAGUACCUAUAACGCUGGCCCGGCGGGACAGGCUUUCGCGGUGUCCCAACUGCCACUGCCAACUCAUAUCACAUCGCGUCCAAGUUGGGUGGGUUCUGUGCGUGGCGCUGGAAGCCGAGCUACAAGCAGCUGCACUGCGCAGAGCCGAACACUGAGAGGAGGAAAAUCUGUGGGUCGCAAUCCUGUGGGUGCGACAGCUGAGAAAGGUGCAAAAGGUUCUCUGCAACCAAGUAGAUUGUUGGCCACACAAGUGACGUGCAAGGCCACUAGGCAUCAUGCGCAGAAGGAAGACACUUACGGGUUUCUUUUCGAAGGAUCAGAUCUGUCCGAGACAGAGAAAAACAAGGGAGAUGAAACGUCGAAAGAAUCAGACACACCCCUGAUGGAGGCAACCGCAAGCGACACCCGCCCGACGCUCACAGGGGUGCAGACACAGAGCGAAACAAACGAAUUAGGACACCCUCGCUCCGAGUCCCGUGGCCGCCCAGGGAUGACAACCCGUAUGCGGCAGGAUGGUGGAUCGCAUCUCGGUUCGGAUGCUAUGCCCAACCACGCAGCAUGUUCUCAGGGUAUCAUAUGCGCUCCCGUAUAUACCAGGGCUCAGUCAAACAUUGUACAACGGCCGGGGGCGCUUGUCCACCAGGAGAAUUGCCACCCACCCCUGCGUGUGAUGGACGAAUUCGUUACACCUCAGACACCUAACGCUUUCCCUAAGCAGGCGCAGACGGUGCAGCCGGAACCAUCUUGCGCAGGCCGUACUGGUUGUGGUUUCCAAAACGCUGUAAUUUACUCACAAAACCACCUGCAGUGCCAACGACUGUGUCAUACAUUUCAGUCAAGUGGACGUACCAGAGAGGAGAUGAGCGGUGGACAGGGAAAUCAGAUGCCAACGGGUACAUACGAGACUCAACUGUCGAUGUUCAGGGCAGGAGAAUAUGGCCCGCCAGCCGAGGCAUCCCCCCUUGCCUCGAUAAGCAGUUCAAACUCAUACGAUCUCCUGGAACAGCAUCAUUUGGAGGCUCCGCGGGUAUCAUCCACCGACGUGCGGAAAACGGAAUCUCGUGAAGUGGAAGACUUCAGCGCCUUUGUGGACCACCUCUCUGUGGGUUCUACUGAUGAUGAAUGGACUGCUGGAACAUCACGCAACAUAGAUGCCGCAUUACUUCCUUCAAAAAACAGAGGGGGGAACCCGUCAGCCACUGUUCAGCGGCGGCUCCAGCGUUUUGGCUCGACGUCAGCUCGUCUGUCAGCGCGGUCUGGACUGCCAAGAUUCAGAAACCACUCAGAGCAUUCUGUCAGGUAUGGGACGAGGGGAUCUGGUUCGAAUCAAGAAUCUCUUUUGGAGGUAUCAAAUGCUCCUUCAUUAGCUAAUGAACGACGGGAUGACUCACGCGGAGGCACGUCAAAACACGAGAGUGCAGCAACUUCAAGAGGGAAGGAGGGAGGACGUGGAGGAUCACGGGGUUUGGACACUUCCAGAUUGACACAAAAGGGUGCUACCCAGAGAGGACGGACACGCUGCUUUCCUAAUGCGACACGCACAACGUCCACUAUUGGCACAGGAAAAACCGAUGCAGGCGGCUCUGGGGGAACAGCUGGCGGUAGAGCAGACGACGCACCGGGUGCUAAGGGAGGGUUGAGGUGUGGAAGAAAUCUGGACAGGGUCUCGAAACGAAAGGAGAGCCCAGCAGCCGCGGCCUCUACAACCCACGGCCGCGAAGGGGAUGACGCCUCGUUAGGUCAGCACCGAACCAUGGGAGCGACAGCACGCCAAGGAAGUGACAGCAGCGCUAGGAGGCUCCCCCUAACGAGGCGUGACAGCCAAGUCGCCACUAAUGCGACGGCCGGCGGCAACGCCUCCCUUGGAUGUGUGGGAUCGGGGACGACUGGAAACGUGCAGGAGGUAUCCCCACAGGCACUGCAAACCCGCGUUUAUUCCUCAGGUCCGAUUGGCAGUGCGUCGUGCCAUCCAUUCCAUAAUAAGAGCACCGCAUCUCCCGUAGCGCACGGCCAUCAUUUCGGAAUGCAUCCAGGUCAGCCUUUCCGUGGGACCGGUUCGUUCACGUCGAUGACUGGUACCCGCGCGCAAAGCCCCCCACCUUUUGUGGACGUGGCCAACCGGCGUCCGCGAAGCACGCCUCCUUCGGCAUUCACAGCCACCUGGAGUCAACCCUGGUCCCGCCUUUCCCCGUGGGGGGGGCGGGCCUCUCGAGAUGUUGGAGGAGGAGGAACCGGAAUGACACCACAGUUUUCGAUGUCUGUGUACCAAGAUGCCUCGGCAUCCGUGAACGCACAACGAACAUCAAGGUACACAACUUGCUACCAGUGGCCGCGCGCUUCGGCGGUUUCUGUUCCUGUGAAGGUUCCCCCCAAUGUCGGGCAUUAUAAAGGUGUCCCAUCUGCCUGGGGGGCCCCUAGUUUGUCUGUCUUAGCUCCAGUCAACAUCUCUUCCCCACAGGCAUCUUUGAAUCGCUCUCUGUCCCCUCAAGCCGGAAUGAGCGCUGUCACGAACCCCUCGUCCUCGCUCCGUUCGCUUCAACACGGCCCAUGGUUUCAGAUUCCUACAGACGGAGGACGCAUGCACUCUGCAGGAUGGCUAGAUGGAUCCAUGUUCCACCCUCUUCGUUCGCCGCCCAUGGCUGGUGGGGGUUUUUCCCAGACGAUCCAAAACGCUGGAGGUGAACAAGUUCACCAGGGGACUGUAGCAUGCCAAAACCUCCAGACAGCCACGACAGCUCACCGUGCAGCUGCAGUCGCAGCGGCCAUGGCUAGCGGAGGCAACGACAGAGGCACAAGUGCCGCCGGGGCGAAUCUUCAACCUUCUUGGAGCUCUCAGUCCCGUAAAACCCAAAACGCUAAAUGGAUUUGAGAGUGAUGUAAACUUGAAAAGCUGGUACGUGUAGAGGAUCGGCAGCCGAUAUGGGGAGGUUCCGUGAAAACAAGAGAAGCAAAAGCCGCGAGACGAGUGUGGAUCUGGUACGAAGCUGUCCUGCUGACGUGGACAAGGACAGGCCAAUGCUGAACUUUCAUAAAGAGUGGCUCUCCGUAUCCAGUAAUUUUUGGUGCCUAGCUUCGUGUUCUACAAUCAAAUAGGUGUCUUUGUUACUGCGCCCGUAUUCUUCUUCAAUCGCGAUCGUUGAGCCUACUCCUGUAUGUUGAGAUCAAGUACUGUCAUCUCUGACUCUUGCGGGGAAGCUUCAGCACAGUUGGUGACUUUGACAGUUUCCAAUUACAGGGCGUCUCACCUUCAUUUCCACGUCUCGACAUUCCAGAUAUCGACUGUUUUUCUCCGAAAUGCGUCUCGUAUCAGAAUAAAAGAACGCACGUUCCCUACGGAAAAAGUAUGUAGCCUUAUGUAAGAGGGCACUUGUGUCUUCACAGUGUAGGACGAAAGACUCCUGCUUCAACGCAGCUCUGUGUAGCCAUCUGGCAGCGCGCUUUCGUGAGGUGGGCCCAAGAGAAUGGCAUGAACUAAAGGGAAAUGACGGUUAAUGGGAACCCGCCAGAAAAAACGAGCGUUAGCGGCGCAUUUGUGACGACAAACACGCAGGCAUGGCACACUGCAUAAAAUGUGAAAGCCACGCGCAUACAGUCAUUCUUACUUUAAUCCUUUACUGUUGUGCUGUGGCCCCUACUAGCGGAUAAAGCCCUCACCCCCACAAACGAGGCAGGCAACCUGUCACACCGGAACAACACAUCUGAUAUCCUUUGUCUAGGUUCCUUCUGCGCUUUACCUGUUGCAUCUGCUAAUGCUUGCGUAGAAUCUCAACAACUUCAAUAAAGUACAGAGUCGUGUUUUCUCUGUAUUUGCCAUUGCCG